GAAACGCCAUGAUAUCUGUGGUAGCAUUAGCACGUGUGGCUGUUACAUAUAACAUUUAGCCGGCGAACGUAAUUCCAUUUAAUUAUAAUUUUACGUAGAAAUGUGUAACUUUUGUAACGUUAUUAGUAGUAAAUAAUACUUUCUGCGUCACAUGUCAAUUGGGGUCAUAUGGUUUGAAAUUAGCUUGCGGCUUAGAUAAAGUUUACAAACAGGACGUAAGUGUUUAUAUUAAAUUAAGUGUUCUCAAGUAUUAUAUGAUUCCGAAGUUCUUAAAUAACUGACGUUGUUAUUAUGAAUGGCUAAUGUGUGUGUCCAGGUUCUUUCGAUUGUAUGUACUGUAAUCAUGACAGAUGCGUUCAGUGGCAGCUCGGCAAAUGUAAUACAACGUCAAGUUGACGUCCAAGAGACGAGGAGCACUCCUCUGGAAAAGAUUGAUGAGUUUUAUCAAAUCCAGAAAACCUGCGACUUCGUCUGUCGGAAUCACUUUGGGAAGGUCGCUCUUCAGUUUCCUGAUGCACUUCUGCACGAUUCGACUGCAGUUGCAGCUGAGAUUGAAAGGAUUACUCAAGCAAAGGUGUACAUUCUAGGGGACACAUCUUAUGGCAGCUGCUGUGUGGAUGAGGUGGCAGCAGAGCACGUUGGAGCCGACUGCAUGGUGCACUACGGACGCGCCUGCCUGAGCCCAUCCAAACGGCUGCCCCUCAUGUACGUCUUUGAGAGAGCAAGCAUAGACUUGGACAAGUGCAACUCGGCCUUCAGAGAACUGUACACUGACACGCAAACCCACAUCCUCAUCCUGUACGAUGUCAAAUACACUCAUGCUAUUGAUCAUCUGGUGACACUGUUGUGUGAAGACUAUCCAAAUGUUGUUUCUUCACGACUUUUUGUGGAAGGCGAGCAGUGUUACAGCCAUGGCCAGACUAAAAGAGAGCCUGAUGCAGAGCAGCUUUGUAUUCACUUUGGAAGGGAGCUGUGUCUGAAGAGCGGACUGAGCAUCGAGGAUUACGAUGUGUUCUACGUCGGUCAAGAUGGACCGACCUUGCGAAACUUCAUGAUGACGUGGAACCGCAGCUCCUUCUCCUCCUUCGACCCCGUGACAUCGGCUGGGAGGGUGGAGUCGGCCGGUGUCAACCGCACGCUGAUGAAGCGCUUCUACGCUAUAGAGAGGGCUAAGGAUGCCAACGUGGUGGGCAUCUUGGUGGGCACUCUUGGCGUGGCCAACUACCUGUCAAUAAUCCAGCAGUUGAAAGAGACGAUCCGCAGUGCGGGCAAGAAGAGUUACGUGUUCGCCAUGGGGAAGCUGAACGUGCCCAAGCUUGCUAACUUUCUCGAAAUAGACAUUUUUGUUUUGAUUUCGUGUCCGGAGAACACACUACUGGACUCCAGUGAGUUCUACCGACCAGUGGUGACACCGUUCGAGAUGGAAGUGGCCUGCAACAGGAACCGCGAGUGGUCUGCGGAAUACGUCACUGACUUUCGACAUCUAUUGCCAGGUGGACAAAAUUAUGUGCCUUUGGCAGAGGGGCAGAAGGAAUGUGACGAGACGGAUGUGUCUUUAAUCACCGGAGCAUUGAGGAGCCACAAGCUGGACUGCGAUCAUGCAAAGCCCUUGUGUGGCUCCUCACUUGUCCUAAGGAACCAGGCGCUGACUGUGGCCAACACCAACUCUGCCGCAUCGUUUUUAGCGACACGGAGCUGGCGCGGCUUGGAGCAGAAGUUGGGGGAGACAUCCGUGGGGAAAGCUGUGGAGGGCAGGAGAGGCAUCGCUAUUGCCUAUGAAGAAGAAGGAGCAUAAUAGCAACACGUAUUAUUUCUUUAAUUACUGCAAAUUAUUAAUAUUUUGACACUUUUAAGGUUUUUUUAAAGAGGACAUAAUAUGGAAAAUUUACUGCAUCCUUUAAGCAUCUCACCACGUAAGUUUCAGUCAGUUGUGUAUUUACAUUUGCAAACAUCAUUGGCCAAUCACAGGAACUUCCUCCACAAAGGAUGCAGGAAAGAUGCCAGUGUUUCCAUUCAAAUGUCCUUCAAACCAGUCCUGGUUAACUGCAGGGGGAAAAAACAUUUCAUCAUGUCUGAAAAGUUCUCAGAAAUAUUAUGUUUAAAGGGAUAGUUUCUCACUUGUAGAGACGAGUGUGAUUUUAUCCCCCUGAAUAAAACUGAGAUCCUCGGGAUUUGUUGACUCGUAGGAGUGAAUUGCCACCAAAAUGAUGUCAUUGUUCUGUUGCUUUACUUCAGUUCGCUAAACAAGAACACACUUAUUUCAUACUCAGUGAUAAACUGAAUUCCUCACAUAUGAUCAUCAUGUAUUUAGAAUGUUUCAUGAUUAUCCAGCAUUAAUUUACAGUGUAUUCAGAGCAUUUCACAUAAAAACUAUCAAAUCGUUUUCACUUAGUUUUUUUUUAUUUUUUAUUUUUUAUUGGCAUUUGUUUUUACUUGUACUCACUUCUUGGGUAAUACACCACAAUGUGAGGUGCUUGCUCUGAGCACGACUCCAAACACUCUCCAUGUCUGUGUCUUCAUUCAUGGCACUUGUUGAGUCUGAUGUUAAACUACAUUGAACACAAGUUUCCAGCUUAAUCAAAGAAACUGCCAGAAUAGUGUGUGUCAUAAUGUGCACCCUACCUCAACGUGACUGACGAGGAAGAGAGGUUCAGUUUUUUACUGAUCUUUUCAAUCAGUGUCGCGUAAGUGGAGCCACUUGCUAGAGACACUGCAAAGUUGAAUGUGUAGUAAACUUUGACAAUACACGUGUUGUCAGCAGGCUGAGUUUCCUACGGCGAGGACACAGCCAUUUAGGAAAGUCAAAAUAUUUUUCUUAUUUUCUGAAUGCAUACCUUCUGUUGUGAGUCUCCAUUGCUGAUGUUAUCACGAUCAAGACCUUGAGAAAAUGUGAUGCACAAGCAAUUCUUCAAUUUGUUUUCAAUUACCAAACGGCAUAUAGUUUGUCAAUUGUGUUUAAAUAAAUGUUUACCUUGUUUCCUUUCUGGCCUUGUUGG